GCCACUUGCUUGCGCCUUGUCCUCCCGUCAUGGCAUCAUCAUCACUGAUUCACCCCCCCUUCGUUCGCCUCGUCGCGCCCUCCCAUGGCCCCGUCCUUCUUCCUGCUCCUCAUCGUCUCGUCGGCGCCGCUGGUGCUCGCGGCGGCGGCAGCAGACAGGCGAGGUGGGCAGCCAGUGCCAUGCGCGAUGUGAACAUCACCUUCCCAUUCGCGAUCGUCCCAGAUGAGGCGACGGAGACGAGCUGCGGCAAGAUUGGGUUCCAGAUUAUUUGCCUGAACAACACCCCGUUCCUCGGUUACAAUCCGCGCUACCUCCACCAGUUCCAGAUUCUCGACAUCUUCUAUGACAACGCCUCCUGGCUCGUCGCCGAUGCCCAAAAGCUCGAAGAUUUCAGCAACUCUACCUUGGAACGCUGCCACGCCCCGUCGAACAACAGCUCCUCCAAACUCGGAAUUCAGUUCUCGAUCAGCCCUGUGAACCGGGACCUAAUCUUGUACAACUGCACGAGGCCGCUGCCGGAGGAGGUGUGGCGGAGAGAGGGGCUUGUUGAGAUGAGUUGCGGGAAUAGGACGUUUGCUCGCGUCGCCGACGACCGUUCCGACGGCGACCCAGGAGGCUACGGCAGCUACUUUCUGGAGGGCUGCAACGCUACCGUCGUGCCAGUGCUUGCGAGGUCCGGCGAGGCGAACGCGAGCAACUACAAGGAGCUCAUCAGAGACGGCUUCCUCUUGACAUGGCGGGUGGCGGCGCCGUCGUCAGGUGGCAAGAGGAAAAACAAGAAGCUGAUAGUGCUAAUAGUUUCAAUGUCAGUAGCUGCAAGCUUGCUCCUAGCAUGUAUAUAUGUCAUGCGAAGGCGUAGAAAGAGGGAAACACUACGUCUUUUUAUGUGCGGAAAGACUAGCAGCAAUAUUGAGAAGAAAAUUGAGGCCCUAAUAGUACUACAUGGAUCAUUAGCUCCAAAAAGAUACAAGUACUCGGAAGUAACAAAGAUAAUGUCUUCUCUUAAUCAUAAACUUGGGGAAGGUGGGUAUGGCAUGGUUUUGAAAGGAAGGCUUGAUGACAGUCGUCUAGUUGCUGUGAAAUUCUUGCAUGAUUCAAAAGAAGGAGAGGAGUUUGUGAACGAGGUUAUGAGUAUCGGCAGGACCUCUCAUGUUAAUAUUGUUACUUUAUUUGGAUUUUGUUUGGAAGGCUCUAAAUGGGUCCUAAUAUAUGAGUUCAUGAUCAAUGGUUCUUUGGAUAAGUACAUAUAUUCGGAGACUCCUAAAGCAGUUCUAGGAUGGGAAAAGCUCUAUACAAUAGCAAUUGGGAUUGCUCGAGGAUUGGAAUACUUGCACCAUAGUUGCAAUACACGCAUUGUCCAUUUUGAUGUCAAGCCUCAAAAUAUCCUUCUAGAUCAGGAUUUCCACCCAAAGAUUGCUGAUUUUGGUUUGGCCAAAUUGUGUCGUAGCAAGGAGAGCAGGGUUUCUAUGACUGGUGCUAGAGGAACAGUGGGGUUUAUUGCUCUUGAAGUGCACUCUCGAACCUUCGGAGUUGUUUCAACAAAAUCAGAUGUUUAUAGUUAUGGAAUGAUGUUACUAGAGAUGGUUGGAGGUAGAAAAAACAUGAAUUCAGUGGCUCUAAAGUCAAGUGAAAAGUAUUUUCCACAUUGGAUUUAUGACCACUUUGGUCAGGGCGAUGGAUUACAAGCAUGUGAUGUCUCAAGUGAAAAUGAAGGAAUAGCUAGGAAGAUGAGUGUGAUUGGCCUGUGGUGCAUCCAAAUAUUACCAAUGCAUCGCCCUACAAUAACAAAGGUUUUGGAAAUGUUUGAGCGAGGUUUAGAUGAAUUGGACAUGCCUCCGAGACAAAACUUCAGUCAAAUACUAGAAGAUCCAUCUUACAAUUUGAAUGAAGCAAGCACAAGAACAAUCAGUGGUAUGUAAACAAAAGCUUUUAGUGAAGUGCUAAAGAUGAAGGAGAUAAGCAUCCUGAAUUCGAAAACCUUACAACGGUUACCAACUCUAUGAAAAGGUUACCUAGCAUUUGAAUUAGGCAUUAAACUUGUGUAUCUAUAUGAGACAGGGUUCAAUCUUGAUAAGUUACUAGGAUACCUGUUUCAAAAGAAAAGGCUACAUGCCUACUAUAAUUUGCUAUUGUUCAAGUA